ACAUUAUCACUUCCUGAGCUCAGGAUAGAACAUCAUCACUCGCGGUACACGUGCGUUGCGAAGAACAUAAUCGGCGAAUCUUCCAAUUCCAUCGUUCUCAAUGUUACAUAUGGUGCCUACAUAAUAACUGGUGAGCAGCAUCAAGCAGUAAAUCCAGGCGAGACUGCAACAUUUUAUUGCGAAGCUGUUGUUCAAAGUUGGCAACGUGGCGAGUAUGAAUGUGUCGCAGUAGUUGAAGGCUUUCGGCCAGCUCGUCUGGUCAAUUAUUUGCAUAUCAAAGGACCACCUUCUGUAAGCUUAAGUGAGGAAAUUAUUGCUGCUAAUGGAGAAACGCUUGAAAUUAUUUGCGAGGUAUGCUUCUUUCGAUUACAUUUACAGUUUUUGAUAAUCUCAGUGAGAGACGAUUUUAAAUCUCAAAACAAUUAAAA